AUGGUGUCCAUCAACGGAGUCAGGGACGACCAGCCUGUCAAUGGCUACGUCAGCGAGAGUCGCAAUAACAUCGACAAUAUCGACCAAGAAAGAGAUAUUUCCAAUGAUCUGGAAGCAGUCAAUGGCGCUGGAGGACAGCAAAACGACAGACUGGCACAGGCGGAUGCGGGGAGACGCAAGAAGAUCGUGGUGGUUGGACUAGGCAUGGUGGCCAUCUCGUUCAUUGAGAAAGUAAAGAAGCUCGACGCGCAGAGGCGGCUGUACGACAUUGUGGUGAUUGGAGAGGAGCCGCACGUUGCCUACAACCGCGUCGGCCUUUCCUCCUUUUUCGAACACCGCAAGAUCGAGGAUCUCUACUUGACCCCCAAAGAAUGGUAUUCAUCCUUCGAAGACGGCUCUUUCAAUUACCAUUUAAACACUCAGGUCACAGAAAUCGUCCCCGAGCACAAGUAUGUCAAGACUUCGACCGGUGACUCUGUUUCCUACGAUAUCCUGGUUCUUGCGACCGGGUCAGAUGCCGUACUUCCCACGCGUACGCCAGGAUGGGACGCAAAGGGCGUUUUUGUCUACCGAACAAUCUCGGAUCUGGAAAGGCUCAUCGAUUUUGCAGCUGAGCACAAGGGUCAGACAGGAGCUACCGUGGGAGGAGGCUUACUCGGACUCGAGGCCGCCAAAGCGAUGACGGACUUGCAGGACUUCGGUGCGGUCAAGCUGAUUGAUCGUAACAAGUAUGUCCUGGCACGACAGUUGGAUGCGGACGCAGGAACAUUGGUCACGGAGAAGAUCCGGGAGAUUGGCCUUGAUGUAAUGCUCCAGAAACGCGUCGCAAGUAUUGAUACAGAUGCCGACAACAAUGUCGUUGGUAUCACUUUCGAAGAUGGGGAAAGUCUCGAGUGCUGCUGUAUCUGCUUUGCGAUUGGCGUUAAACCAAGAGAUGAACUAGCUCGAGUCGCAGGUAUCGAGUGUGCUCCCCGCGGGGGAUUUGUUAUCAGCGAGUCUUUGCAAACAUCAGCGCCCGAUAUCUAUGCCAUUGGAGAAUGUGCCAGUUGGGAGAAUCAGACGUUUGGCAUCAUUGCGCCUGGAAUUGAGAUGGCGGACGUGCUGUCGUAUAACCUCACAAACCCCGACAAAGAACCAAAGCGUUUCAAGCGGCCUGAUCUCAGUACCAAGCUAAAGCUAUUGGGGGUUGAUGUCGCAAGUUUUGGAGACUUCUUCGCCGAUCGAGAUGGCCCGAAGUUCUUGCCGGGCAGACGAGCAUCAACCUUCAAAUCCCGAGGGGGUCAGAUGACGGGAAAUGAGCCAGCGGUCAAGGCGCUUACUUACAAGGACCCAUUUGCUGCUGUGUACAAGAAGUAUCUCUUUACGAUGGACGGUCAGUAUCUGCUGGGAGGUAUGAUGAUUGGGGAUACCAAAGACUACGUCAAAUUAAAUCAGAUGGUCAAGACCCAGAAGAAGCUGGGAGUGCCACCCAGCGAGUUUAUCCUUGGAUCCCAGAAAGGAGGAGAAGAGAACGCGGACGAGCUGGACGAUGAUACACAGAUCUGCUCAUGCCAUAAUGUGACAAAAGGCGACGUCGUCCAGAGCGUCAGGAGUGGAAACUGCAAAUCAAUUCCUGAUGUCAAGUCAUGUACCAAAGCCGGCACAGGCUGUGGUGGAUGCAUGGACCUUGUUACAUCCAUCUACAAAAAGACAAUGAAGGAAAUGGGUCAGGAAGUUUCCAAUCAUUUGUGCCCUCAUAUACCGUUCUCGCGAGCAGACCUCUACAAUAUCGUCGCUGUCCGGCAGUUGAAGACGUUUGUCGAUGUCAUGACAUCCGUGGGGAAGAACCCCGACUCGCUUGGUUGUGAAUUGUGCAAGCCUGCAAUCGCCUCCAUUUUGUCCAGUCUCUACAAUCCACAUCUCAUGGAUAAGCCUGUCCAUGACCUACAGGAAACCAAUGAUCGGUUCCUGGCAAAUAUCCAGCGCAACGGCACGUUCUCUGUUGUUCCUCGCGUGGCUGGUGGAGAGAUUACCCCGGACAAGCUCAUUGCCAUCGGUCAGGUGGCCAAAAAAUACAAUCUAUAUUGUAAGAUCACAGGUGCUCAGCGUAUCGAUCUGUUUGGCGCCAAGAAACAGGAUCUGCUCGGUAUAUGGGAAGCGCUGGUGGAUGCGGGAAUGGAGAGCGGUCACGCCUAUGCUAAGGGACUGCGGGCGAUCAAGAGCUGCGUUGGAACGACCUGGUGUCGCUUCGGAAUCGGCGACAGUGUUGGCAUGGCCAUCCGACUGGAGGAGCGCUAUAAGAGCAUUCGGGCUCCGCACAAGUUCAAAGGUGCUGUAUCAGGGUGCGUCCGAGAAUGUGCUGAGGCGCAGAACAAAGACUUUGGUCUGAUUGCAACCGAAAAAGGUUUCAACAUUUUUGUUGGCGGAAAUGGGGGUGCCAAACCUCGGCAUGCCGAGCUCCUGGCCAAAGAUGUCCCUCCUGAAGAAAUUAUCCCGCUGAUCGACCGAUACCUGAUCUUCUACAUCCGGACCGCGGACAAAUUGCAGCGGACUGCUCGAUGGAUAGAGAACAUGCCAGGCGGCAUCAGUUACCUGCGGGAGGUGAUUAUCGACGACAAGCUAGGCAUCUGUGCCGAUCUAGAGCGCCAAAUGCAGGAGCUCGUGGGCUCAUACUACUGUGAGUGGAAGGAGACGAUUAACAACCCCGAACGACGCAAGUUCUUCCAGCAGUUCGACAACACAUCCGAAACGGUGGAGACAGUCGAGAUUAUUAAGGAGCGGGAUCAGCAGCGGCCGACAUACUGGCCCAAAGAAUCCGCCACGGAAGACUUCCGUGGUCAUCAGUGGUCGACUGUAUCCUGGCAGCCCAUCAUCCGGGCGGAUCACUUCUCUGAUGAGAAGCCACAGAUCUCUUCGGCCAAUAUCAAACGGGGUGACACGCAACUUGCAGUAUUUAAGAUCAAGGGAAAGUACUACUCGACACAGCAGAUGUGUCCUCACAAGCGAGCCUUUGUCCUCUCGGACGGGCUCAUCGGAGAUGACGAUGCAGGCAAAUACUGGGUCUCGUGUCCGUACCACAAGCGCAACUAUGAGCUUAACGGAGAACAGGCAGGACGCUGUUCAAACGAUGAGGCGUUGAACAUCGCAACCUUUCCUGCGGAGGAGCGAGACGAUGGCUGGGUGUACCUCAAGCUACCGCCUGUGGAGGAGCUGGAUGCAGUUCUGGGAACAGAAAAGUGGAAGGUCCGCAAGGGUGAGGCAGAAGAUCCGUUCGUGAAGGUGGAUCAGAAAUAUAACAAGAAGGGGAUCCGGGGCAAGAAGGUUGGGCAUGUCGACGUACAGGUACGCGAGGUGCACUCCACGGCCAACGGGAUCGACUGGUAGAAUAUGCAUUUGCUGGAUUUGAACAUUAGGGCCUACGAUGGUGUCG